CAACCUCACCUCUGUUGAACAAAUUAAUAUAGAGUUUAGCAAAUGCGUUUGAGGGUAUCGGGUUCAGCAGAUUAUAAUUAAUAACAAACUGUUACUGGAGUUUAAAGGCUUUUUUUUGUCUUCAGUCUUCAAAGGCGGCAGCCAUCAUCCGUCCGUUAAAGAUUGAAAAGAACUGACAAGAACGCAGAUUUCCCGCCUCAACCCUGAGAGGUUUGAUCUGUGUGGACAGAAUGACAGCCGUCAUUACAGAGAAGGACCAACGCCUGACCUCUCUGCAGAGAUCCAGCUGAAGAGAGACGAGCCAAGAGGUCCUAAAGAAUUAAGACGUUAUGUGAAAUGUGUGCGAAGCUCACUGCUGGACAACUGCUCCAUAUGAGAGACGUUUAAGGACUCUGAAAAGAGAGACAUUAUAGUUCAGUGCAACAGGCUGAAUGACCGCUGAAAUCUCCAGAAAUGAAGUUACCACAAGGCAGGGCUACAAAACACCUGCUAUGAAAACUACCACCUGAACACGGAAGUACAGCACACACAGAUGAGUGAUCGCUGCCUUUGACUACCUUGUGAACCCUGUGCCUCUCCAGAUCGACAAGAUCCAGAGAAACUACCCCCAAGACUUUUCCUACAGAAGCACAAACAUCUAAAGGAGUGAGACCGUCAUGAGCGACCUGGAAGAGAUGUCGCUGAAGUGCGUCCUGGUCGGGGACAGUGCCGUGGGCAAGACAGCUCUGCUGGUGCGCUUCACCUCAGAAACCUUCCCGGAGACCUACAAGCCCACAGUGUUUGAGAACACAGGGGUGGAGGUGUACAUGGACGGGGUUCAGAUCAGCCUGGGGCUGUGGGACACGGCGGGCAAUGACAACUUUAGUCAAAUCCGACCGAGAUCCUACCAGCAGGCCGACGUCGUCCUCGUCUGCUACUCUGUGGCCAACCCUAACUCGCUGGCCAACGUCCGGCAUAAGUGGAUGGCUGAGGUUCGAGAGAACUUGCCCAGGGUGCCAGUGCUGAUUGUUGCCACCAAGACAGAUCUGCGGGAGAUUGCGGCGCAUCGGGGCAGCUGCAUCUCAGCAGCGGAGGGGAGACGCGUGGCUCAUGAAGUCCACGCUAAAGGCUACCUGGAGUGCUCCUCCUUAGGUAACCGUGGUGUGCAGCAGGUGUUUGAGUACGCAGUGCGAACGGCCGCAAAUCAGGCCAAGAAACAGGCCAGGCGACGGAUGUUCAGCAUCAACCAGUGCAAGGUCUUUUGACCUUUGACCGUGACCUGGUGGGCAGCUGAGCCUUCAUGAGAAGGCAUUUUCUUAAUAAUGUGUCUUAACGUGCUGCUCAAGUACAAGAACACAAAGCUGUAUUCUUCUUAUGUACGUAGGGUUCUUCUUCACUAAUGGGUGUCCUGCACUCACCGAGAGACUCCCCUAAAGUCAAACCAUAUUUAAAAAGGAAAGUACUUUAGUCAUGCAAAUGUACACAAGUGGAAGUUCUACUUUUGUGUGAUUCAGGGAGAGACGUGAAGAAAAGAGUUCAUCUUUGAUUCCUAUGAUCUGUUUGUGAAGUGAACCACAGCACAUCACAUGGAGGUAUUUCAAAUGGGGCAUCAGAUGAUCUUUGUGUUUCAGAAAUGCUCCAUUUUGCAGUUAGCGGCUUACUUAAAUUAAAGUAUUAAAGCUUUAAUGUUGACACUGCAUGUCCCUUCUUAAUAUCUCAGUUUGUGGUUGGAUCGGCAAAUGAACUUUUUAAUUGCAGUGUAAAAACACUGAGUGCCUUUAUUGCCACAAAUAAAACGAGAGCAUGCGUAGAGAGCGAAGUUUUACAGUUGCAUGAAGCGUUUACAGAUUUGUCAAAAAUCAAAGAAAGGAAAAGUCUUAUUUCUAUGCUCCUAAAAUGUAAUUAAUAUGAAAUCAGUAAAUAAUGGUGAGAGCAUGUUGACAUUUGUCAGCAAUAAUUUGCCUAUUUUGGGUCCAUUUUUGCUGCAUCACAUUAGCAUAUUCUUUAUUAUUUCUCCAGAGAGGAUAACAUUUAAUUUAACCUGACUAGGAAAUGGGUCAAAUCAGGCUAUAUGUGUCUCUAGGUUAUACGUGCAUUUUCUGUCAUAUCUAUUUAAAACUUUAAAAGUAGAAAAUUAAAAAGAUACCUGUAUUUGUAUUGUUGACAUAUGUUGCCUUGAAAUCAAAUUUGACAAAUGCAUUACAAAAACCUUAAAACAUUUAUAAAACAUUUGUAUUGAUUCUUACAAAAAACACAAGAUAUAAUGGAGAAGUUUAUUUUCUAUUAGUAGAGGAUCCCAACAUUUUCUUUUUUAAUUCUACAAGAAAGUAAAAAGACAUGAAACAUUAUCCAUGUGCUACAUAAAACAUCAACAUUAUUGUGGAUUUUUCUGUGAAUUUAAUAUUUUUUAACCGUAUACCUCCUUUUAGAAAAUACAAAAAUAUUAAGACAUAACUUUCUCCCCAUGUAUCUUGUAAACUGUCGUUGUCCCAGGUCCAUAAAUUAAAACUAAGGAUUCAACAUAUAGACACGAUAUUGUUUUAUUUAUUUCUGUAAAGUUUGUUUACCCAUGGCGAUUAAAAAAAUUGGAAAAUCA